UUUUAGUCUACCUGGGUGAAUGAUGUUUUUUUUUAUUAUUGUUAUUUAAUUUACCUGGAGGUGCGUUUAUUUCAUAUCUUUUAUGGUGUACACGUAGUUGUUGCUAUUUGAAUACCGGGCGUAACUUUGGGAUAAUUUAUAUUUGUUAUUGAUUGAUCAGAUAUUGUGUUUUAAAUCAAUUAUUAUUAGAUUUCUUCAUUUUAUCCAAUAAAAAUGUGUAAUUGUCAAAUAGUAAACCGAUCAGCAUUCAACAGGCUAAUAUUACUUUCAACAAAAAAUGCCUUGCGUUGUUGAAAACCAUACCUUAUCAAGCAAUUUAGACCAUAAUUUUAGAUUAGUAGAUAGAGUUGAUGAAACUGUACAUGAUCCUACAAACAUGAAAAUGGGAUCCAGGAAUCGUUAUCCAAAUGGCUACAAUUCAGAUCAAAUGAGUGACGUAACUACAGAUGAUGGACCAAGAUAUUUAUUAGAGCAUUUAGCAACGUUUUCAGUUGGAUCUGAAUUUGGAAUUGUGUCACCAAAAGAUGGACUCCGAAGGCUUCUUCAAAUGGAAAAAAGCAAUGGUAUAUGGACUCAAAAAAUGCAAAUGAAGCUCGAUAAAAAUUGGGUUUUAAUUUUGGAUUAUGAGGAUGGUGAUGUAGUAGAAAAAUUUCCCAUGAAUCUAAUAAGUGAUCCUACUGCAUAUACUAGUGAAGAUUCAAGGGAGUUGUAUAAUAAUAUUCUUAUUUUUAUUGUGAGAGAAGAUUCAAAGAACAAAAAUCCUAAUCAAUCAGAGAUGCACAUAUUUCAGUGCUCUAAAGUUUAUGCUCAAGAUGUUGUAGAUGAAAUGAAAAUGUUUAUGUCAGGGAAAAUAAAGACUAAAACUGCUGAAAAUGUUAGAUACCUGCCUCCCCCACCACAUAAUCCACCCCCUGAUCCACCAGUUAAUGGCAAUAGUUCUAAAGUUCGUGAGCAUGUUGCUAUGUUCAGUGCCUCCGCUUCAUCUUCCUCACUACCUCAACCACCCCCACCUAGAGGAGGUUCUGUACUUCAGCAGCGAAUGGAAAGAGCCGCUGGCUAUGCUGCACGGGAAUCUAAUGAUGAAACAAGUUCAACAACUAGUGAUAAAUAUGAAAGAGAAGUUACUAUUCUAAAUCACUGUUUUGAUGAUAUCGAGAGGUUUGUGGUGCGACUACAACAUUCUGCUGCUGCUUAUAAAGAAUUAGAAAGAAGGCAAAAGAGUCGAAAACACAAAAAGAAAGAUAUGGGAGAUGGCAUGUUAAGUAUAAGAGCAAAACCUCCUCCAGAACGAGAAUUUGUUGAUGUAUUGCAGAAAUUCAAACUAUCCUUUAAUCUUUUGGCAAAACUGAAAAGUCACAUACAUGAUCCAAAUGCACCGGAAUUGGUACAUUUUCUCUUCACUCCUCUUGCCCUCAUCAUAGAUGCUGCUCGGGACUCAAACCACAGUGCCAAUCUAGCUGCUAAUGUUGUUAGCCCUCUCUUAACUAGAGAUGCUAUUGAACUUUUAGCAAACUGUUGCACUUCUAAAGAAACAGAUUUAUGGCAUAGUUUAGGAGAUUCUUGGAUAAUACCAAGGGAUCAAUGGAAGGGUUAUGAAAGUACGUACAGACCAGUAUUUUCCAAUGGCUGGGCUCCCGAAAAUCCCAUUGAUGAUGGCAGUACACUUAGUCGCCGAAUGCCAAGACCCGAGGGUGAUUUAAGAGAGCAAGAUUAUCAAAGAGUCUUCCACCAGGAAAGAGAUCCUCAAUUUGGAAGUGAAUAUUUUGGUAGUGAAAGAGGUGAUGACUUGGAGACACCUGGUGUAGUUCCUGAUCAUAUGCGACCUCCAUUUGAUCGCCCAUAUGAACAUAUGCCUUUAGAAUCUCGUAGAGAAUAUAUAGAUAGGGGAAAUACAAUGUCUCCUGAAUCUGAUUUUCAUGAUCCCAGGGAAAGAGAUUUAAGAUCUGAAUUUAGUUCAGAUUCAAUUGAACAUCCCGAACUUCCUCUAAGCCCAGAACGUCAGUUUGAUAGGCAGCAAAUGCAGUGGCUAGAAGACUUGAAAAAUAGACGGGCUAAAAUAGUUCAGGUUGUAUACCCAAGAACUGCAAACAAUGAAAAAGAACUUACUGUCAUUCGAGGAGAAAUUUUAGAGGUCUUAGAUGAUAGUCGUAAAUGGUGGAAAGCUAGAAACAUGAGGGGUCAAGUUGCUCAUGUGCCUCAUACAAUAGUAACUCCUUACCCAUCUGUUGAUGAUGAUGUCUUCAAUAAUCCUGUAUAUGGCUCAAGAAGUAGUAGAGAAAAUUACUAUAGUACAGAUUCUUCAACUCUUAAAGAACAGUAUAUGGAUGAAGGCACUACACGAUCUCAAGAAACCUCCCGCUCCCCUACUUCAGGAUACCCUCGCCCUGCCCCUGCAGAUUUAAUUAGGCGGGAACGCCAGGGUAAGAAAGGAGAGUUCCGGUACUUUUGAGCAACAGUUCUUUGUCUAAUCGGCAGCUUUUUUUCUAUGUGAAACGUUUUCUGCAUUUGUUUUGUGCGCCUCUUCCCCCAUUUAUGUUUUUUACCAUUACUAAUGAAGAAUGAGUCAUUUGUGCAAUAGUGAUUGUGCAUUUGGUAAAUUGUGUUUAAUGUUAUCAAGCUGGACCUUGAUGAUAUUCAUUUUGUUCUCCUGGUUUAAUUAUGUUCUUUUUCACGCCUUGUAAUUUUUAUCACUCGGGAUUCUUGUUGUGUAUUGGGUGUGCUAUUAGUAUAGGUUGUGAACAAUGUUUUUCUUUGUGCCGAUGUAUAUUGAAUGUAUUCUUUUUUUAUUAGCUUGCUUUUGUCUGUUUUGUUUGACAGUAACUGUUCAUGUUUGUCUAUUGACUUAAUCAGACUGCAUUUGAAUUUAUCAUAUUUUUUCAUGCAAAGUUAAAUGAUGAAUUGAUGGUUGUAUUUUUUAUACAAAAUAUUUAUUUUAUCCAUUACAACAAAAGAUUUAAAAAAUUCAUAGUUUUAAUUAUACCACAUGUUAAAUUUCUGAUAGAAUAAAAAAUGCAAUUAAAUAAUUGUUAUUGAGGAAACACUCUCGGUGUUCUGCAAGUCAUGAGGUAUCCCUCUUUUACAGUAUAAGUAUGAAAAAUUAAUGACAAUCAAUCUUGAAUAAUUUGGAUCAGUGAAUCUUAUAUUUAUUAUUUUUUGUAAUUUCUUUUUUAAGCUUAGCAUCUAAUUUAACCUGUUAUUUUUAAUUUCCAUGCAGAGUGUUCCAUAAAGAUUGCCCUGAAUAUAUAUAUUUUAGAAUGCUUAUUAGAAUUAAAUAGAGAUUUUAUUGAAGAAAAGGACAAAAACAUUAUCAAAGUCAGAUAAAUCACUAUUGUUUUAAAAACAGGAUAAAAAACAUCAAAAUAUUGUUGAUUGGAACUUAAAGGUGUUUCUAAUAAUUUUUAUUUAACUUCUCUGUUUCCUCUGGUAAUCAAACAGGUUUUGGUUUUCUGUACACUUUCUUCCACUAUAGCAAUUUGUUAGAUUUAUAUUUUUUCUUUGUUUAUAUAUUUAUUCCCUAAUUCUAAACUUAGCAUUCUAAAAAUGUAUAUUAAAUGUGGCCAUUAUGGACAUUAUGUGUGUAAACCAUAUAUAUAGUACCUAUACACUCUCUAUAUAGUAUCAAAUUCAACUUAGUCAGAAAUUCUAACUUAUUCUGCUGUGAAAAAACAAUAAUUUGAGAUACAAUAAUUUAAAAAAGAAGAAAGAUAACAGAAUUACAGUUGUCCAUGUAAUAACAAUUUACUAAGUUUCAUUUUUGCAAAGAAAACAGAAGAAAAAAAAUCUAUAUAAUGCAUGAUAACAUUUUAAGGAGGUACGCCAUUAAAAAUUAUUCAUCCUGUAUAUCUUGAGCUAUCUUAUUUGUUUUCAAUACAUUUCAAAGGUCGCUAGAUAAUUUUAAGCAAUUUUUCGUAAAUUUGGAGGGAAAAAAAUUCAGAAUAUAAACCUUUUUUUAAUUUCAUUUUUAUGCCUUAAACAAGUUGGAUUAUCAGGGUUACAGCAUUAUCUAGGCAUUGGGAAUUGUUUAUAUGUAAGUAUAACUAUAUGAAGUUUAGUUUCUAUCAUGUUUAUAAGUCCUUAAAUGAUUUGUUUUUUAUAGAAUAUUUAUAAAAUUUGUAUAUUGAAGUUUUAUGUUUUUUGAUAACAAAAUUGGAAUCUUGUUGGAAUGUAAGUGACUUUUUAAUUGCUGUGAAAUUUAUUUUUACGAUAAAAAUUUAAUUUUUGAAUAAAUUUGUACAGAAGAAUUUUUAAAACAUGCUUAUUCUGUUAAAAUAUUAAUUUUGUUACAUAGAUUUAUACUGGAACAAAAAUCAAAUAAGAAUUGUCUAUUUCAUAAAAGAAAUUUUUUGUAAUUUUUUUUUUCAAAUUAUAUCUUGUUAUUAUAUAUUUAUCACAAUUUUAAGGUAAUGUUGAAUACAUUUAAGAUAAUUUAAACUAAAAUGUAUUUUAACUAUCACGAAUAAAAUUUAAAAGAAAUUUGAAAUCAACGAAUAUAAGAAGUUGUCUUAACUGAACUUGUACAUAAUUAUUGUGAUCGUUAUAAUAAGUAAGUAUUUAUAAAACUUACAACAUUGUUAAUUGCAAGCACAAUCUUGUUUAUUUACUUCCAUGCUUGUUGUAUUCAAAUUAAUAAUGUUUUUUUUUCCCUAACAUGUUUGUUGUUGUAAUUUUUAACUCUUAAAAUUUCUGCUUAGUAAUGGGCAGAAAGUUUUCUUGUAAUUAAUCAUCUUUAAUAAAUAUUUUUAUUCAUUAA